AUUGAAGUAGUUUGUAUUCGACGCGGAACGUGAGCGUGGUUGGGAAGAGUGAAAUUAAAGCAGUGUGAAGUGUAAAUCCUCAGUGAAGCGAAAAUAUUCGCGGAGAGGUAAUUCCAAGUCUCUCAUUCCGAACCACCAAAGCUGCAGAAAUGGUCGAGGAGGUUAAUCCAAAGGCGUACCCUUUGGCAGAUGCCACACUCACAACGAAGAUCCUUAAUUUAGUGCAACAAGCCAUGAAUUAUAAACAGUUAAGAAAAGGCGCUAAUGAAGCUACAAAAACUCUGAAUCGUGGACUGUCAGAAUUUAUAGUAAUGGCUGCAGAUGCAGAACCAUUAGAAAUUCUGCUUCAUCUACCUCUUUUAUGUGAAGACAAAAAUGUUCCUUACGUGUUUGUGCGCUCGAAGCAAGCUCUGGGGAGAGCGUGUGGUGUGUCACGUCCUGUUGUUGCGUGCUCUGUAACUGUUAAUGAAGGCUCACAGCUGAAACCACAAAUCCAGGCUAUCCAACAGGAGAUAGAAAGGCUCCUUGUGUGAACAGAUGUUUAUGUAAUUUUGUUACAAAACAUUCAUUUUAUAUCUAGUUUCAUAAAUAAAGUUUAAAAAAAUA